AUGACAUCAAAAGGGAAAGAAGAAACGAGCGAUCCAAAUCCGAGUACGAUUAAUGAAGCCCAUAAGAAGGAAGAUACAAUAUGUACAUACACACAACCAAAAAGGAUACUUACCUCAACACAGGUAUUGUUAUCUACGGCAGUAGUAUUAGUCAAAAAUUGCGAUGGACAAUACAUAGAGGGUAAAGCGUUACUUGACAACGGGUCUCAAUCUAAUUUUGUUACGGAAGAGUUCGUUAAAAAAGUAAACGUGAAAACGAGGGCAAAUCAUAUAGAGAUAAAAGGUAUAAGUCACCACAUAUCACAUGCUAUGAAGUCAGCGCAAUUGCAUGUAAGUUCGCGAUUUAAUACCUUCGGAUUGGACAUGCAAUUUAUAGUAUUGGAAAAGAUUACACAAAACUUACCUACUAUCGAAGUGAACGUAACAGAUUUAGAUAUACCUAAAAAUAUUAAAUUGGCAGAUCCAAAUUUUAACAUCCCGAGUAAGAUAGAUAUAUUAAUCGGUGCAGAGAGGUUUUGGGAGCUGGUUUGCGUGGGUCAAAUAAGGCUAGGUAGAAACAAACCAAUAUUACAAAAAUCAUUAGGCUGGUUAGUAUCAGGAUCCAUUAAUAUAGUCGAGUCAAAAAAACAUUCACAAACAAGCUGUAAUCUAAGUACAUUAGAGGAACUAUGUCAGACCGUCCAAAGGUUUUGGGAGGUAGAAAAUUACGCGAACAUUAAGAAUAGUACUUCGGAAGAAAAGUAUUGCGAAAGGUUAUUCGAAACUAGUUACGUGCGGCAAAAAGAUGGUAGAUUCGUUGUCAAAUUGCCAGUCAAAAAAGAAAUAUUGCCAUUGUUGAAUGGUUCAAGGGAGGUAGCUUUGAAGAGAUUCUUAGCAUUAGAACGGAAAUUUAGUUACAAUCCUGAAUUGAGAGGGGAUUAUAUCACGUUUAUGAAAGAAUAUCAGCAGUUAGGACAUAAUGAGUCGAAUAGAGAAAGAGAAAGAUAA